CCCCCCCCCCCGGCCCCCCCCUCCCCAGCGACUGUCCAGCAGCAACUUCCUCUCCCGCCUGCGGUUCCUUUGCACCCUCCGCUUCUGUGUGAUCUCCUCCACGUCGCCGCUCUCACCCCCGCUGUGUCCCCCCCCCCGCCCCCCCAGCCCAACCCUCCACCGGGGUGGAUGGCGGGGUACCCCAGGAGUAGAGCACGGUGCAGAGGGACGUGUCGCCAGCUGCCCCAGAGAGCUUGGCUGUGGGACUGGGCGGCUACAAACCUCAGAGGAAACUAAUUACCCAGCAGAGCCAUGGAGCAUGACGUCCUCCUCCUCCUCCUCUCCUUCCUCUUCCUCUGCCGAGCCCGAGGAUCCCCGAAGUGCCGGGAACAAGCCGUGUCUGCCGGGGGAACGCUGCAGCUUCUGCUGGAGAAACCCCCGAAGGGGUGGGUGAAGGUUGAGUGGAAAGCGAAACUGGAUUUGGGAUACCAGCACCGGAUCCUGACAGCUGACCAUGAUCAGUCUGUCGAGUUUUCCAUGAGUCCUUUUUCUGGGAGAACUGAAUUCCAGCAGGAAAACUUCUCCCUGCGGAUCAGCCCGGUUAGCACGGCAGACAGUGGAGAGUAUCGGGCAGAUUUUGAGGACUCCUCAGGCGUUGUCACUGUCCAGUGCUUCCACGUGUCGGUGUGGGAGCCCAUCCACCGGCCGCACCUGGACGUGCGCAUCCUGCACCGGGAGCAGGACCGGUGCAACCUCUCGCUGGUCUGCACCGUGCCCGGUGCCGGCGAUGUCUCCUACAGCUGGUCCUGUGGUGGGGAUCCCCCGGGAACCCCGCAGCCCCAGUCCCGGCUGCAGCUGCAGGUCCGCGGGGACACCGACCCCACCGUCUGCCGCUGCAACGUGAGCAACCCGGUGAGCUGGGACACGGCCAGCACCGACAUCGUGGCAGCCUGCCGUGCUGCGGCCUCAGGCAGUUUGUGGCCCUACUGCAGAGUGAAGGGGCUGCUCUGCCUUCUGGUGCUGGGCAGCCUGCUCACAGCCGUGGCCGUCACCCACGUCCUCCUCCGGCCCUGCAGACCCUCUUCCCGUGGCUCUCCCCGCUCGUCGAACCCCCAAAGGGUCUCUGUGGAUCAAGUCAGGCCUCCAGACGCCGCACCAAAUGAACUGCUUCCAACCGUGGAGAGCUGUUAACCCACCUGAGCAUGGAUUAAAGAAAAGUUGUUUUUUUUUUUUCCCCUCAGCAUUCUGUAUUUUGGGUUCUCGAACGAAUUCCGAGCUGUUCUGGGGAGAGGACAGACCAAAUGGGCUGCAGGGGGUUUCACCUCAAAGGAUGAAGCUCCCCCCCCCAACAGCCCAGGGCAAAGCUUCCCCCCCCAUCCCAGAAGAGACCCCCAGGGUGGGGUUGUCCCACGAGCAAAGGGGGGACAUGAUCCACUCCCCGGCGUCCUGCCAGCCCCCCGCUCUGGGACAGAGCCAUCCCACAGGGACCGGGAUGCGGGGGACUGAGGAGCAUCGCCCCAGCCUCACGCCAGCUCUCCUCCCCAUCCUUUCACGAAGCAGAUCGGCGCGUCGCCUGCUCGUCGCCAGAGAUUUAUUCCCUCUCCCAAAUCUCCCGACUCCAGAUCUGCCGCGUAGAGAUAAACCACGGACAGGGAGCCACGUGGAAGGAGCAUCGUGUCAUCUGGGCGCAGCAGCAGUUUGUGGGUCCCUUAUCUAACCCCGGCCGCCAGAAACCACCUCAUUAAAUCACUGGUGUAGAUAUUAAUGAGCUUGUCCUGAGCGUGAUUUUUACCAUGAUUCAGCGGUACUCUCGGCUUUUCCUGCGAUAUCGGGGAUGCCACAGCCCCACUGAAGCCAAGUGUCCCCCGUGCUCACUGUGUCCCCUGCCCGACAGCAUCGUUCGGGGCUGGUGGGUCUUGGGGAGCGCUGGAAGAGAGCAAGAGGCGCCGGGGCUGGGAGCCCCUAAUCCGAUCUCCCCGCCGUCUGCUUCUGCCCUCCGAUCCGCCCCCGCUAAUCACCUUACGGUCUGCAGCUUUGCUGUGGCACGGAGAUGCUGGAGGGGCUGAAGGGACAGUCCCUCUUCUUCCCGGCCCUGCACCCCAUGACUGAGGCCAUCGUGCGGGUCACCUGGAUGUCCUGGGAGACCCACAUCGCCGAGGCCAAGCCCAGGCAGAAGAUGGUCACCACCAACUACCUGCCCCACUUCCACAGCCGGCUGUUCAUUCACUCCACCAACCUGUCCCUGGAGAUCAGACCCCUGGAGCUGGUGGACAGCGGGAGGUACAAGGUGGUCGUGGACACCUCGUCUGACCCCACCAACCCAAAGACCUUUUGCUACUUUUUGCUGGUUCAUGAUGACUCACCCAAGAUGGUGACCGGGACCAGUGACACAGGAGGACAGAGCAGGAGCACGGCAGGACCCCGGGGAGUGACCGAGCCCCUCGACACCGACACCGUGACGCAGGGAGCUGCUGGGGGGCAGCCCCCGGGCAAUGGUGGGGGGCCGGGGGCGUGCGGGGCGCAGGACCGCUACUGCGUGGUGAAGGGGUAUCUCGUGGCCGCCGUCUUCGGGCCGCUGCUGGUGCUGGUGGCUGUCAUCCACGUCAUGACCAGGGAGCCGAGGCUGGGGGGCUGAGCCCCCCCGGUGUCACCGCCCCGCAGGGCCCAUCCCCACGGCAGCGUAUUCGGGUCUGCGGGAGCGGUGGCUCCCCUGCCUCAGUUUCCCCAGGUUGGGAAAGCUGAGACUGUUCUGCUGAAAGCCCCUCGAGGGUGCAAAAUAAAACCCAGUUUCCUCGUCCGUUGCACAAGCAGCCGCCCCAAAAUGUGGCAAUGCUUCUUCCUCUCAGAGGUCACUGCAGCCCCCGAGGGGGACCUGGCAGUCCCAAAACACAUCCCGGCACAGCCCCUGCACCGAGCGUGCCGCGGCGCCGGGUCUCAGCACACCCAUUCCAGGGACACCUCCGUUACUGGGGCAUCAUCGGUUUCAUAUUUACAGCCCCAAAUCCAGUGCAAGAUAAUAAUUCAGCGUCUCAUAAAACCUUCUAUAGUUUAUAAUAAGUGAAUUAUUUACUGGUGACCCUGACUAAAUGCUGAGCAGCAUAAAUUAUUGAGCGGCAGAUCUGUCAAAAAGUUCUCAUAAAUAAGUUAUCUGGUGCCGUC